AAUUUAUAUUAAUCUCUCUCAACUUACAUACGACCUGUUUUGUUUACGCGCUUAUCAUAAGCAAUAAAAUGUGAAAUUUGAUACCUAUGGACAUAUGCAGUGGCAUUUUUGUACGCGUUGCAACGUUUUAUAGUACAGUUUUGUGGGUGGUAUUUGUCUAGGCGAAGUGGUUGUAUGUUUUGCGAAUGUUUGCACGUGUUGCCAUUGACGAUUGCGAAAUUGUUUACGCAAAUUGCGAGGUGUAUCCAUUCCGGCCGUUUGAAAGCACAUGAAUUCAAGAUGGUUGUUUUCAACAACCCUGCCACAGGUGGCGGCAUUGGCGCAUUGAUUUUCCUGCUGUAUCCUGUGAAUUGCACCCUCUGCACAUGGAUCAAUACCAUUUCGUUGUCGGCAAAACAAAAUAUGGUCGACGAUCCACACAUCGUGGGUUGAGUUUUAAAGCACGGCUGACGAGUUUUGCGUAUUUAAAAGAAUCAAGAUGAGGGUAACGGAGGUGAUUGAUGGCGUGCCGCCAACGGACGACAUGGCCGGGGCGCAGGAUACUAUUUACCUGUGCAAUUUUCGCGUUUCUGUCGACGGGGAAUGGCUCUGCCUGAAGGAACUGCAAGAUGUCGAAUAUCCACCACAGAUGAUCACCUCACCGGAAAUCCCACAUCACAACUUUGGACGUGAUCCAGUUGUGAUUGAGCGCAGCAAUCUUGUGAAUAUCAGUAAACUGGUGGUCAAGGAGCUGAUCGAGCAAAGCCUACGUUUCGGCAGGAUGUUAGACUCUGACCACAUGCCACUCCAACACUUUUUUAUCGUGUUAGAGCAUGUGUUACGGCAUGGGUUGAGACCUAAAAAGGGUUUGCUUGGUCCCAAAAAGGAACUCUGGGAUAUAUUACAGUCUGUAGAAAAAUAUGCACCUGAAGCACAUGAUAUCACUGCUAGUGUUAGGGAUUUACCAACAGUACAUACACAUAUGGGGCGCGCACGAGCUUGGCUUCGUUUAGCUUUGAUGCAGAAAAAGUUGGCUGAUUACCUCAAAAUUCUUAUUGAUCAUAAAGAUGUCGCCUUGGUGGAAUAUUUCGAGCCGGACGCGCUGAUGCUGAGCGACGAGGCCAUUAUUAUAAUCGGUCUGCUUGUCGGAUUGAACGUAAUCGAUUGCAAUCUCUGCGUAAAGGAAGAAGAUCUCGAUUGUCCUCAGGGUGUAAUUGACUUCUCAUUGUAUCUGCGUUCCUCUCAUCAGAGUCUCACAGAACCAGGCAGUGACGAGGGCGAUAACAAUAUGGUCACUGUAUUGGAUCAGAAGAAUUAUAUUGAAGAAUUGAAUCGACAUCUUAAUGCGACUGUUACAAAUCUCCAAAACAAAGUGGAAUCUCUGACGACAACAAACGCGCUAAUGAAGGAAGAUCUUGCCAUUGCAAAGAAUAACCUUUCUUCGCUGUUUGAAGAAAACAAACGUUUGCGGGCUGGCGAACAAGUUCCGGAAAAAUGCAUGAAAAUCAGCGUGCUUUCUGAAUCAACUGAUUCUUCGACGUCGUUCGUGGAUGUUACAAACGGAGACGUUGUUGAGUUGAAGCAGCGUUUAGAGGAAGAACGAAAAUUACGACAGGAGGCUGAUAAAGAACUUCAAUUACAAAUGGAUCUGAAAGCGGAGAUGGAGGUGGCCAUGAAAUUGCUCGAGAAAGACAUCCAUGAAAAGCAAGACACUAUCAUUUCCCUACGCCGGCAGCUCGAUGACAUUAAGCUGAUUAAUUUGGAAAUGUACAAGAAAUUACAGGAUUGCGAGAGCUCGCUGAAACACAAAACCGAAUUGGUACAAAAACUCGAAUUCAAGACCCAAUCCAUGACAGACACAAUUGUUUCUCUUGAGAAUAAAUAUUUUGAGAGCGAAAGUUGUAAGCAGGAAAUCGAAGCACAACGAAGACAGCUCAAUCUGCAUCUGUCGAAGAACGAGGAGCAGGCGACGUCGGUGGAGGUGGAUUUAAAGACUGAACGCGAGUGGCGGCAAUCUCUUCAGGAAACCAUGCAGCAGGAUCGCGAUAAGAUUUCACAGCUGAAUCACGAAUUGACACAAUACAAACUAAUCGGACAGAAAUAUGCGACGUUGCAAGAAGAAUACUACUCAUUAAAAGAGCACAGUUUAGAACAAGACCAAACUCUAGAGGAGUUAGGCAAGCAAUUAAGUGUCUCCAGGUUGGAACUUUCUGAAUUGAAGGAUUCGAAUAAGAAUAAAGCUAAACUGCAGGAAGGCAUGUGGGCCAAGGACGCCACCGCAACGAACUGCAAGUCGUGUAAUAAAGAGUUCAACAUCACUCGACGACGGCACCAUUGUCGGCACUGCGGUGAAAUCUUCUGCAACCCCUGUUCGGAUAAUUCUAUGUCAUUGCCAUCGUCUGCAAAACCGGUGCGUGUGUGCGAUGAGUGCCAUGUUGCCCUGAUGGCCACCUAUUCUGUAAUGUGAUUAGAUUUUAUUUUCAUACGCAUUUUUAAAUUUGUACAUAUAUAUUUUAAUAUGGAAUUGGAUGUCACUUAUGUAAUCUUGAUGAAUAAAUAUUGUAAAGCGUUA